UUGGGACCGGAUUCAGACACUUGAGAUAGUUUUAAAUGCAGUGCUGUUUGCAAAUCCAACAUGGCGCAGUACGUUGGAACAGUAAUUGGAACCAAAAUGGAUAAGACAGUCAAGGUUUUGGUCACCAGAAUGGCCCUAUAUACAAAAUUGAAAACGUUCUUCAAUGAAAGAAAAGUGUAUUUUGCCCAUGAUGAAAAUAAUGAAUGUGCAAGAGGAGAUCUUGUUGUGAUAAAGGAAUGUCAAAGGUUGUCCAAUCGCAAAUACUUCACAGUGUUGGAGAUUGUUGAUAAAGUUCCAAGAGUUGUUGACCUAGAAACUGGACAGGUUCUUGUACAGGAUAACAGAGAAUGAUAUUUGUGAUGAAAGUUUUCUGGCUAAGCUGUAAAAAAAGAAAUUACAUGUGGUUUUGGAUGCUGCAAUUUGGAAGAAAGAACCAGGGACCAUUUCCAUAACAAAACCCGUACUCAGCACAUGACAUGAUGUGCUUGUGAGAAUUCCAUUAAGGAGCCAAGAGGAAAAAGUACUUGUACAUAUAAACUGUACUUAAACAUAUAUAUGACAUAUAUGAAUGGAACCAUUACAACAUGUGAAAUGCAAAGCCAAAUCCAAAUUCUACCACAAUAAAUGAGUUGCAAAAAUAAAACAUGUUUAAAAAA